CCCCGCGCGCCCCGCCCCCGCCGCCGCGGUGCGGCCGGUGCUGGGCGAGGUCGGAGAAAGUCCGUGCGAGCGGAGCGGGGACGCCGGAGCACUUCCUGCCGCGGCGCCGCAGCUGCCGCAGGCCCCGGGCCGGCGCCCGCAGAUGCGCCCCACUCCAGCCACACCGGCACCAAGAGACUGAGGGAGCCACCCGCCUGCCCACCAUGUCGCAGAUGCUGCACAUUGAGAUCCCCAACUUCGGGAGCACCGUGCUGGGUUGCCUGAACGAGCAGCGCCUGCUGGGCCUCUACUGCGAUGUGUCCAUCGUGGUCAAGGGCCAGGCCUUCAAGGCGCACCGGGCCGUGCUGGCAGCCAGCAGCCUCUACUUCCGAGACCUGUUCAGUGGCAACAGCAAGAGUGCCUUCGAGCUGCCGGGCUCGGUGCCUCCCGCCUGCUUCCAGCAGAUCCUGUCCUUCUGCUACACAGGCAGGCUGACCAUGGCAGCUAGCGAGCAGCUCGUGGUCAUGUACACGGCUGGCUUCCUGCAGAUCCAGCACAUUGUGGAGCGUGGCACGGACCUCAUGUUCAAGGUGAGCUCGCCCCACUGCGACUCACAAACCGCCGUGAUUGAGGAUGCCAGCUCCGAGCCCCAGAGCCCCAGCAACCAGUUGCAGCCAGCCGUCGGCCCCUACGUGGCAUCCCCCUCCGUGCCCAUCCCACUGCUGACCCGAGUGAAGCACGAAGCUAUGGAGCUGCCACCGGCUGCUGGCCCAGGCUUGGCCCCCAAGCGCCCGCUGGAGACGGGGCCCCGGGAUGGGGCAGUGGUGGCAGCGGGGGGCACAAUGGCCACAGGCACCGCCCCUCUCAAGCUGCCCCGGGUCUCCUACUAUGGGGUGCCCAGCCUGGCUACCCUCAUCCCUAGCAUCCAGCAGGUGCCCUACUCCCAGGGGGAGCGGACCAGUCCCGGGGCCAGCAGCCUGCCCACUACCGAUAGCCCCACCUCAUACCACAACGAGGAAGACGAGGAGGAUGAUGAGGCCUAUGACACCAUGGUGGAGGAACAGUAUGGCCACAUGUACAUCAAAGCCAGCGGCAGCUAUGCAGUGCAAGAGAAGCCAGAGCCGGUGCCACUGGAGAGCCGUUCGUGUGUCCUCAUCCGCCGGGACCUGGUGGCCCUGCCCGCCAGUCUCAUCAGCCAGAUUGGGUACCGCUGCCACCCCAAGCUCUACUCUGAGGGGGACCCAGGCGAGAAGCUGGAACUGGUGGCAGGCUCUGGGGUCUACAUCACACGCGGCCAGCUGAUGAACUGCCACCUCUGCGCGGGGGUGAAGCACAAGGUCCUCCUGCGGCGGCUGCUCGCUACCUUCUUUGACAGGAACACUCUGGCCAACAGUUGUGGCACAGGCAUCCGAUCAUCCACCAGCGACCCCAGCCGCAAACCACUGGACAGCCGAGUCCUGAAUGCUGUGAAAUUAUACUGUCAGAACUUCGCCCCCAGCUUCAAGGAGAGCGAGAUGAAUGUGAUUGCUGCGGACAUGUGCACCAACGCACGCCGUGUCCGCAAGCGCUGGCUGCCCAAGAUUAAGUCCAUGCUGCCCGAGGGCAUGGAGAUGUACCGUACCGUCAUGGGCUCCUCGGCGGCCAGUGUGGCCCUGGACCCCGAGUUUCCGCCCACUGCAGCCCAGGUGCUGGAGCAGCGCAUCUUCGCUGAGCGCCGGGGUGACGCCGCCGCCAUCGUGGCUCUGAGAACUGAUACUGUCAAUGUUGACCUGAGUGCCUCGAACCCCACCUUCAAGGCCUGCGAGGAGGCCGAGGGGGCCGGCUCGGUCAUCCAGGAGGUGGCUGCCCCUGGGGAGCCACUGCCCUCAGAAGGCCAGAGCCCCCCGCAGCCCUUUGAGCAGGGCAGCGCCAGCUCCAGCCGGCCCCCAACGCCCGCAGCCACACGGAGACAGGAGGGCUCUUACCCCGGGACCUUGUAGAGGCGCAGGGACGGUACUAGCUGCUUGCAUGCAUUACUAAUACAAUGUGAUCAAGCCACUCACCUACUGAACUGCUACUGUUGCCUGAAAAAAAUGUGAUUUUUAUUCUGCUUGUAUUUAAAAUUUAUGAAGGAAACAAAUGCAUUCGUUAUACUGUAAAUGAUUAGGCCACUGGGGACCGAGUGGCAGAAAGGUCCCAGGGCUUCUUUUUGAUAUUCUCCAGGUUAGUCUCCAAGAGGUAGCUCCUCUCCCCCUGCUCGGGUAGGGAGACAGGCCCACCCAUGCCCCGGCAUCCAACCUGCCCGAGCCGCCAGCUUUCCUGCUCCCACCAUCCACCACCUGGGGACACAGCCAGGGGCUGGUGAGGCCUGUGGCACAGGAGCCCCUUUCUAGCCCACAGGACCCAGCCCACCUCUCUGGGGCCAUAGGCCUCAACCCCCAGGGCCAAACUCCUUUUUUCCCUUCUUCCUGGGGGUCAGGCCUGCCGAGUCCAGUUGUGUGUGUGUGUGGGGGGGGGGGUGUAAGGGUACAAGUGUGUGUGUGGAGCUUAUGUGAGCUCAGAUUUGAGCAUGUGUAGGCACACAACACGUGUGUGCUGGACGUGUGUACAAGUCUGCAUAUGAUGAAGGUGUGCAUGAGUGCAUGUGGGUAUGUGUGAGCACAUGGGGUAUAUGUGCUAAGUGUGUGUGGGAGCAGCUAUGAUGGGACAGCAAUGGGCCUUGUAGGUCUCUGUGGGUGGAGAUGGCUUCUGGGCUAGACCUCCUCUCCCUAGCACCCUUCCAUGGCAUCUGCCAACCACAGAGCCCAUGCCCCUCCAUCCAUCUUGACCCCCGGCCAGUGACCCAGCCCUGAGCUCCGUUCCCCAGGUGCCUGGGUCUUGUGCGUGGGCAUCCUGAGGGUGGGCCACUGUCCUUGCAACCCUUGGCCUCCUCAGCCACACUGGGAUUCUUUGUUGGUUUGUUUUCAUCUAACUCAGAUAAGAUUUCAUACAUGUUUUUGGAAACUUUCAGACCCAAAUAAGCAAAAAAGCUGGGGGGUGGGGGGGGUGGUGAAGGGGAGGGAUGGAUGUCCCUGCCUGCCACCUACUUGGGCUUAGAAAGUCCCCCACCCUGGGCCAGGUUCUACUCACUCUCUUAGGAGGCAGGUGUCUGGGGUGGGUGAUGAAGGAGGUUGUGGCCUGGAAAGUGGAGUGGACCCCUUCAGCAUCCGACUCGCCCAUUUUGUGCUGUGAGCCUUGGGUGUGUGCACCUCUGAGGAUUUAGGUGGGCAUAGGCCUGAGCCUGGCAGCUUGUAGAGGGCACCUGGGAGCAGCAGGUGAGCAGCUUCCAGAAGGCAUGAUGGGGGAGCAGCUAGGAAGAGCCCAUGGGAAUUGUUCCCUUGAGGCUGGAAUACUCACUUUGAAGUAUAAUUGCUGUUUUUUUUUUUUUUUGGGGGGGGAUGAGGAAUACAGAUUUUGAGCUAUGACCCAGAGAGGGUUGUAUCUCUGUCAGGGGCUGACUUUCUUCAAGUCCCGGGCAGCUCUACAAGUGACUAGAUAUGUCCCCUCUAUUCUAAGAUGGAAGAAACAGCUGCUUCCUCUCUGCCUAACCCCUGCCCCCACCUGUGUGUGUGCAGAUCCAGCAGGUGGCUCAGAGCUUCCUUGAGCCCCAGAGCUGCCUCCCACACCCACAGAGCUAUGCCCGGGGAGCCCACUGUGGGACUACUCGGGUGCUUAGACUAUCCCAUGUGGGCUCCUCCUUCCCUAGUAAAGAGACCUUGGGCCUUUCUAGCAGGCCCUAGCAUGCCUGAUUCCAGAGAGAUCUGGUGGCAUCCAGAAAAGGAUGAGGACCCAGGUACCAUGGGGGCACAGUCCCUGUGCCCACCCAUCCCUGCCGAAGUCCCAAGGCAGGCUUUCCCCCUGCCCUUUUUCUGUCUUGGACCCUGACAGAGGUGGAGCCCACCUGGACCUGGAUCAGGUCCUCCCACCAUGCAGUGGCCAUACCCCCUGGCAGUUAGGUAGUAGAGGGGAUAAGGCUAAGCCCACCCUGUCCCCUCUGGAGUUUCCUUCAUCUGCACCCCUCCUCCCCAAUUUGCACUUUAAUUUGACCAUCCCUGGGGACCUUCCGGGACAGUCCCACCUGUCCCGGCUGCUGACAGAAGGGCUCUCUCCCUCUCCACUCCAAAGUGGGCCUGUCCCCACUGCGGCAGGAAUGGGGAGUCUGCCGCUGGCCCGCAGGGACAAGGAGUCACACAGAGAAGGCCUGACCACCACUCAGGCCAGCACAAUGUCUGUGACCUCUGUCCCUUUGUCGUUUCUGUAACUGCAGUCUUGUUUUGUUGUUCUGGGGAAGGAAGGCAAGAGCUAUAGGUAAAACUGUAAUACUACUUAAAUGUGAAUGGGUUCUGAGCUCUCCCGGCCCCCGGAGGGCCCGGGCUGAGUUUUUGCACUAAUGUGCCCCAUGUGGUGGACACAGGGGGCCGGAGUGUUUGCAGGCUGGCAGGGCUGAUGAUUGUAUCUGCCGGGGCGCUCCCUCCGCGUCCUGAAUGUUCCUGAAUGUUCUGAGGGGCAGGCGGUGGCAGGCCUGGGCUCGGAGGGGCCUUCCAGAGUGCCUUAGCAUCUUUUGAUCAUUUUUUUUUUUCCCAAGGAAAACCAAUUUUGAAAACCAGACCCUCCCCCCUCCUCUGUUUACACACCGACUAACCCCUGUUCCUUGAGCGAGCUCCUGACUCACCCAGCCCCUGUAGACCAAGAAAAGAGCCACUCAGUAUUUAUGAGAUGUCCGCACCUUUAUCCCUAAGCUUGACUAUUAGCAAUACGCAUAUACUACAUAGAGUCUAUUAUAGAGCUAAGUUAUAUCAGCGCCUUCAGGAGGAGAGAAGGGGCUGGACUGUGCUGGGGCUGCAGUGGGAGCGGCCAGGGAUCAGAGCCACUCCUGCCCUCCCCUGCCCUCCCCAGUGGGCAGGAAGCUGGGACAGGAGUGCAAAAGGUCCAGAAGAAGGGACCGGGAGAUGUGACAGAUACUGUGAGCUUAGGGGUGGGGGGGAGGAGGUCCCUGCCCGCCUGGCCAGCAUGCCUCGGUACUUGAAUUCUAUCUUGUUUUCUGCACUGUAUCUGGUCUUGCCCAGAGUCCUCUGUGGUUGCUUCACUUUGCAUUGGGUUUAAUUGUCUUACCUUGCCCCUGAAUGUGACCAGGAACGCAGCAGUGGACAGACAGGAGACAAGGGAGGAGAAAGCCCCAAGUAGACGGCCUGUAGCCCCAUCCUGGGGUCUUGCUGCUGCUGGCACCCCAGGCCCGGGACUGUGAACCUGGAUACCUGAGUUUUAUCCCCUUCAGUAGGAAGACACAUUCUUGAGCCUCAGAAUGGAGAGCUGGGUGAGAAGGAGGGGCUGCUAACAUGGUGGCUGGUUCCUAUCUGGCCAGACCAGCAGGGAGCCCCAAAGCUGCUUCUCCUCUGGGACACUGGUAUGCCCAGAAUGACCUGUCACCACGGUGGCUGGAACUUUCUAGUAUCAACCAGUGGCCACCCCAGCUGCUUACUGCUUAUAAUGCUCAGCAGCCAGGUUAUUUUUACAGACGUGAUCUGGCUGCAGUUGGAAAAAGUUCUGUGGCUCACUGACCAUCUGAAAACUCUGAGUAAACCUCUGUUUGUCUCUACUAGCGGUAAAUCCUCAACACAGAAUUGAGAGCUCAUAGCUGUCUCGAGCUUUAACUACUGUUUCAGAAUGCCACUGCUGCAUAACCCUGUCAUCAUGCCAGCCAGCUUAGUGGUGCAUGUCACCCUCUGGGGACCGGAGAUCAUUAGGGCUUGGUACAAGAUGUUUCUAAAAUGGCAAAGGUUUUUUUGGUUUGUUUGUUUUUUGUUUUUGUUUUUGUUUUCUUUUUGUUUUUUGUUUGAGUUGUUUCUUUGAAAAAGAAAAAAAAUUUAUGUAGAAUUGAAAGCAUUUAGAUUGGACAACCUGCUUGAAUUCUGAUCAUUCGCUUCCAUUGUUAGUGUUUUGCACAUGAUUGUAAUUUUUAUGUCAAAAUAAGCCAAAACUUGCAAUACUAUUUUUAGGAGAUGACAAAAAAAAUGAACUAAGCAUACAAUGUAUAAAUAUUUUUGACUUGAACAUUUGGACGGCACUGGUGCAAACAGACCAUUCAUCCUUUGGACGGAAUGUUUGGGCAAAGAGACUUUUUAAACGGAGAUUUUUUUCCCAGAGUCUGUUGAGGGGUUAAACUAGUACUGUAACUCAUGACUGUUAGAAAUAAAUAGGUUGUUCUGUGCUAUGUAGGAAGGUUUGUUCCACAGCACCACUGAGUUAGAUUUCUGCCGCAGAAAAUGCGAGCCAUUUGUUUGUUUAUUUGUUUGUUUGUUUGCUUGAAGGAGGGAACCUUUGUUUUGUUCUUCCUGCCUCUUCACUCUCCUUCCUGCUGCUACUCAGCAGAAUCAAGACUGUUGCUUUGUAGCCAUGGCUGACACUGUAUCAAUAACUCAGACAACAACAACAUCCAGCGACCAGGAAACCCAGGGCUUCGAGCUCAGAGCGUUUGGUAAGGUGGAAAUCCGUUACAAACGGGGAUGUGAUCUUAAUUGUAAAGCGCUUUGUAAAAUUCACAUUUACAAAAUAAUAAAGUCAAUUCAAACCCA